GGCAGGAACCCGGCCGGGCCCGCCUCCCAGCGAGCAGAGCCGCGCCGGCCCCAGCGGUGAUGAAAGCGGCGGCCGAGUCCAGGUCACGCCGAAGCCGUUGCCCUUUUAAGGGGGAGCCUUGAAACAGCGCCCGGGUUCCAUGUUUGCAUCCGCCUCGCGGGGAGGAAACUCCAUGUUGUAACAAAGUUUCCUCCGCGCCCCCUCCCUCCCCCUCCCCCUUAGAACCUGGCUCCCCUCCCCUCCGAAGCUCGCGGGGAUCCCUCCCUCCCACCCCUCCCCUCCCCCCCGCGCCCCGAUUCCGGCCCGAGCCGGGGGGGAGGCCGGGCGCCCGGGCCAGAGUCCGGCCGGAGCGGAGCGCGCCCGGCCCCAUGGACAGCUCGGCCGUCAUUACUCAGAUCACCAAGGAGGAGGCGCGGGGCCCGCUACGGGGCAAAGGUGACCAGAAGUCAGCAGCUUCUCAGAAGCCCCGGAGCCGGGGCAUCCUCCAUUCGCUCUUCUGCUGCGUCUGCCGGGAAGAUGGGGACGCCCUGCCUGCCCACAGUGGGGCACCCCUGCUGGUGGAGGAGAACGGCGCUGUCCCCAAGCAGACCCCAGUCCAGUACCUGCUCCCAGAGGCCAAGGCCCAGGAUGUGGACAAGAUCUGUGUGGUCAUCGACCUGGAUGAGACCCUGGUGCACAGCUCUUUCAAGCCAGUGAACAACGCAGACUUCAUCAUCCCUGUGGAGAUUGAUGGGGUGGUCCACCAGGUCUACGUGCUGAAGCGGCCCCAUGUGGAUGAGUUCCUGCAGCGAAUGGGCGAGCUCUUUGAGUGUGUGCUGUUCACCGCCAGCCUCGCCAAGUACGCAGACCCAGUAGCUGAUCUGCUGGACAAGUGGGGGGCCUUCCGGGCACGGCUGUUUCGUGAGUCCUGCGUCUUCCACCGAGGCAAUUACGUGAAGGACCUGAGCCGGCUGGGCCGAGACCUGCGGCGGGUGCUCAUCCUAGACAACUCGCCCGCCUCCUACGUCUUCCAUCCAGACAACGCCGUCCCAGUGGCUUCCUGGUUUGACAACAUGAGUGACACAGAGCUCCACGACCUCCUGCCCUUCUUCGAGCAGCUCAGCCGCGUGGAUGACGUGUACUCAGUGCUCAGGCAGCCGAGGCCCGGCAGCUAGUGAGGCGCCCUGGGGCCAGGACCUGCCCCUGACCAGCGCCCACAUCCCUCACACAUGGACUCUUCCUUAAGAAAACCUAGCAGCCACUGCUGCCACCUCAGCGUCAUGGGGAAGUGGGCCCUCCCCACCUGCCUGGCCAGGUUGUGAAAGGGGCAGCAGGCUGCACCAAGGGCGAUGAGCCCCUGGGUCCCUGUGUCAGUGCCUUAGAACCUCCUCCUCCUUCUUGGGGGAUCUGUGGGGCCCUGCGUGCAGCUCCCCCUUUCUCUCUCUCUCUCUCUCUCUCUCUGCUGCCAUGUUUCUCUGCUGCCAAAUUGGGCCCCUUGGCCCUUUCUGGUUCUGCUUGGUGGGGGGGGGGCAGGGUUCUUGCUGCCCCAUGCCUUGGGCCCCCCAGCCUGGGAACGGUGGACACCAAGUGCCUUGCAUAGAGCCCUUUUCCCUGCCCUAUUUCCCCGGGGCCACGGUCAGGUCAGCUCUUGCCUGGAACGGUCUCCGGAUGGCUGCAGUCGAGCCUGGUGGGAGAGGAACCAGUCUCCCCACCUCCUCCCUUGGGACUGAUUAAGACCCCCACCAAUCUCUGCCUAGGAGAGCAGGGAGGGAAGAUCUGUUACGACUUGUGAAGGGAGCAGGGAGUGUGUCCAGGACCCCAGAGUCCAGCUGCUCUAGGCUCAGCAGCAGGGGAAGGCCGCCCUCCACGCCAAGACCUGACCCCUCACACCUGCCUUGACCACCCCAAGGCCCUGGGGCUUGGCUCCCCAGCUCCUAGUGUGGGGGCAUAGGCAAGACCCCUUUGUGGUGCAUAUAAAUAUGUAUAUGUGUAUAUAGAGUUUUAGGGGAAGGGGAGAGGGAAGGGCUGGGGUAGAGACACCCCUCCU